ACAGGACGCCAGUUUCACAUUUCGCACUGAUUCAUCCAACUAAACGUUAGCAGUGCUGCUAGCUCAACAAGGAACUAGAACAGAGACGGAAACCGGGGACAGCUGAAUAUGGCUGAACUUGAGAAACACGAAGGAGAGCAGGACCUUGAGAAGAAGAUUGAGGAGACGAGAGAGAGAUUCAAGAAUGAGUUCCUCCAAGAUUCAACAGAUAAAUAUGACUCCAGAGAUGUGGAAAGGCUUCAAAAAGAGGAUGAUCUUGUGGAGAACUACCUGCUGUGGAGAGAUCAUGUUGUUGAUGAAGCCUUGAAAAUGAUUGAUGAAAGUCUUCAGUGGAGGAAAGAAUAUGGUGUGAAUGAUCUCACUGAAAGCACCAUUCCCAAAUGGAUGUUUGAGACUGGUGCUGUCUUCCUCCAUGGCUACGACAAGGAGGGCAACAAGCUCUUCUGGUUCAAAGUAAAGCUACACGUGAAGGAUGCAAAAACAAUUGUGGACAAGAAGAAGUACAUUGCCUUCUGGCUGGAGCGGUAUGCCAAGAAAGAACCUGGGAUGCCACUUACUGUUGUGUUUGACAUGGCAGAGUCUGGCCUCAGUAAUAUAGACAUGGAGUUCGUGAAGUACAUUAUUAAUUGCUUCAAAAUAUAUUAUCCAAAGUUUUUAUCCAAAAUGAUCAUCGUGGAUAUGCCUUGGAUCAUGAAUGCUGCUUGGAAAAUUGUGAAGUCGUGGUUGGGGCCAGAAGCAAUCAGCAAGCUCAAGUUUGCAUCCAGAUCUGAGGUCCAGGGAUUCAUCGGGCCCGAGUACCUGCCACCCCACAUGGGUGGAACGGACACAUUCAAAUACAGCUAUCCGCCUCUUCCCGAUGACGACUUCCAAACUCCAAUCUGUGAAAACGGACCAAUUGUCAGUGAAGAUGAGAUGGAGAGCAAAGAGGGUGAAAUGGAGAGCAAAGAUGCCCUUGAGUCCAGCUUCAGCUCUGAUGUUGCAGUGAAGCCCAAAAAGGUGAACUUCCUGGAAGACAGUUUGAGGGCAGAGGACAAUGAUAAAGGAGACACAAAUGCCAGGACCAAAGGAGCCAGGAAGCCACUGACCACCUUCAAAGGCCCUCUGUUAGAUGUUAGCCCCGCAGAGGAGCUCAGCUUUGGUUCUGGAGAGACAGAGAAAAAAAGCCUCAUUAUCCUGAGCAAUGUAACCAAGAAUCAAGUGGCCUUCAAGGUACGGACCACAGCGCCUGAGAAGUACAGAGUGAAGCCCAGCAGCAGCUGCUGUGAACCAGGAGCUUCAGUAGAUAUAGUGGUUUCUCUACAUGGAGGCUCUAUAGCCUCUCCACAGGACAGAUUUUUGGUCAUGGCCGCCGAGAUGGACAACGCCGCAUCACAAGAACUUGCACAGUUCUGGAAAGAAGUACCAAAACCAAAGAUCAUGGAACACAGAUUGCGCUGUCAUGUUCUGGAGAGUGUAAAACCAACAGUGAGUCCUCUCAGAGACAGCCCUGUGGAGACAGGGACCAGCGGGCAGCAGGAAUUGAGCACAGCGCUCAUGCGCGUGAUGACCUGCAACGCACGGCUGGAGCAGAAGAUGAAUACGUGUCUGUGGGUGCAGAAGGUUCUCAUUGUGUUGGUGCUGGUCCUUGUGAUGCUCAACCUGCUGUGUCUCUACCUGCUGAGAAGUUCCCAGCAGCCAUCGUGACCUGCCACGGCUCCCUCCGCCUGCAUCUGUCGAUCACAGGCGCACAGACGGUUGAACCAGCGGGGCCACAGCUGACUACCUGAGGGAUGGUAGUCCUGAGCUCUCCCCUCCCGACGGGCUGCUGUCAUGGAGGGGAGAAAGGGCCGACUUUAGGGACAUGUGAGUUGUUGUGGAGUUUCUAUAUGAAGAGAUUGUAUUUGUCUCUUUCCAGGCACUUGAGAAUUAAUACAACAGAGACACUUUUAACAAUGUGACAUCAAAUCAUUAAUGUAUUUUUUAAGA